AUGCCCGCAGCGCGCCCAGUUUUCAAACAAUGUACCUGUGAGGAAUGCAUCGAAAAAGGUGGUCGCGAUGAGAAUGGCGAACCUAAAGGACUGCCUGUGGCAGAAUGUCUCAUUGCAGCUCAUAUUCAGCGCGUUCGAGCAGACCGCUCUGGGCGCAAUAACGCUGGCGCAGAUUUAGUAGCCUCUCGGCUCUCCGCCCUCGGGGACACAUUGUCUGUCUGCACGGUGACCGACAACCUUGGUCACUUGACGCUGAGCGAGGACAUUCCGGACAUUCCCACUCCUGUAGAGUUCCCGGUACAUCCAGAACUGCGCAUUCCCGCUCCACCAGUCAUUGUCGGAUGCUUCUAUUGCAAGUCAUCGCAAGAGCGAAUUGAUAUGACUGGACAUCGUCGGGUCCUCCAAAGGCACAACAGCCAGCAAACCGUGAAAGCCUUGAGGCUGCUUGAUAACAUCGAGUCCCGUGUGCAACGGUGCUUUUUCUUGUUGUCUGCCGGUAGUUUUGAUGCCAUUGGUCGCGAGCUUCCUUUGCUCCGUAAGGCUGCGGACAAUGUCAGUCAAAAGGCAGACAUGGUGAGAUCGCGGAAGGACACAAUCAUAUCGCAGAUAGACAGCUUAGGAGCCCAGUUUGAGAGUCGCAAGCCCUUCACUACCGACUCAUUGAACCCAGUCGAAUUUGAUGCCGGUAUGGUUACCGUCAUGACCAUGCACCUAUUUUGA